AGUCCUUUUAAGAUAAGAUCGGCCGCCGUCUCUUCUACUCCAAGAUGGGAUGGAUAAUUUAGGCAGAUUGCGUCUUCCCGAAGACUAGAGAAACCCUAGAUCAUCAAUACCCAAACGCACCAUGACAACCCACAAUAGGUUUGCUACUUGAGUGACGGAACUAGUGUUAAGUUCAUAUAGAACUCGGCAUAUCUUGUAUAGAAUAAUGCCUAGCGACCCGUAUCCCCCUGUCCUACAAUCGGACACGGUUAUAUUUAGGUUCAGCUUCACCCUCCUGAUCUUCCCCAGACCUUCCUCUUCCCUCGAGGAACUUGAAAGUUAAUCCCAUCACUUCAACCACUCGAAUAGCUUUCAUAAUGAGGUCCGCCGUUACCGCGUUUGCCCUUUCCACGCUGGCUGCUACGGCUGCCGCGCACGCCACCUUCCAGGAUCUAUGGGUUGCUGGAAAGGAUGAAGCGUCUACUUGCGCUAGACUGCCUGCAAACAACAACCCAGUCACCAACGUCGGCUCAAACGACAUUCGCUGCAAUGUUGGAGCUAAAGCUGCGGCCUCCAAGUGCACUGUAGCCGCCGGUGACACCGUGACGGUCGAAAUGCAUCAGCAGCCCGGCGACCGCGACUGUAGCAGGGAAGCUCUCGGCGGAAACCACUUUGGUCCCGUCAUGGUAUACUUGAGCAAGGUAUCAGACGCCGCCUCGGCCGACGGGUCCUCAUCGUGGUUCAAGAUCUUCGAGAUCGGCUACGACUCUUCUACCAAGACCUGGGGCAACGACAUCCUCAACAAGGGCUGCGGUAAACAGGACGUCAAGAUUCCGUCUAACAUCGCCCCGGGCGAUUACCUCCUCCGUGCCGAGACCAUAGCCCUCCACACCGCAUCGCAGCCUGGCGGCGCACAAUUCUACAUGACCUGCUACCAAAUCACCGUUACCGGUGGAGGCUCUGCUAACCCGUCUGGUGUGAAAUUCCCCGGUGCGUACAGCGCCAACGACCCUGGUAUCAAGGUCGACAUCUGGGGCAACAGUUUCACCGAGUACAAGAUCCCCGGUCCGCCCGUGUACCAGGGUUAGGUUUAUAUCUCGAAGGCGAAGUGUAGCUCCAAGGAGAUGGAUGCAUGUGGUUAUGGCAUGGCGGCGAGCAUGUAGUGACAUUCCAAACAAUAUACAUCUUCAAAGCAUUGCAUCAUGAAACCCAUUGGUCGACCACUUGAACAUCACAGAUUGUAACGCUGAAUGGACUGUCAUAAUACACCGAAUUUUGAUAACACAACUUCUUCUAGUCAAUAUUCUACCGGUAGCUAUUACAGACCCACCCCAUAACCCCUUUCUGCCUAGCUGGAAAAUAGUGCCCAUGAUAAGAAAAGGAGCUUCUAGAAAGGUGUAUAGACCUCGAAGAAUAUUAGGAAAUAUACGUCUUCCUUUUCCA